AGGCGUGAGCACAAGGCUCAGUUCGCAAUAGACCUUCGAGGCCGUGAAAGGCAUUAACACAUCAGCCGAAGUUGAAAACAGCGGAGUCAUGCUACUUCUGACGCUCCUUUUCAUUUCCUCAGCCGUAGCAACACCGCUGCUGGGCAUUGAGCAAUGUGCUCGUGGACCCCCUUUCUGGUGUCAGAAUGUGAAGACUGCGUCUCUGUGUGGCGCUGUGACUCACUGCCAGCAAAAUGUCUGGAACAAACCCCAAAUGAAAGCUGUGCCGUGUGACUUGUGUAAAGAGAUCCUUACAGUCGUAGCGCAUGUUUUGAAGGACAAUGCAACUGAGGCUGAGGUUCUCGGCUACAUGGAGAAAGCCUGCCAGCUCAUUCCUGAUGAGAAAUUGUCUGCAGAGUGCAAGGAGAUGGUUGACAAUUAUUACCCUAUUGUCAUGGGAAUCCUCAUUGGGGAGCUGGACAAUCCCGGAGUGGCUUGUGGAGCCAUUGGUUUGUGUCGCUCCCAGCAGAUGGCCUUGGCUAAAUUUCAGGACCAGCUUCUGUCCAAUGAGAUCCCACAGAUUGACCUGUCCCAGUCUGCGUCACCAUUUCUCCUAAAUGUGCCUGGGCUGUUGUACCCAAAGGAAACCCCCAAACCAGAAACUUUAGAAAGUGAUGUUGUGUGCAAGGACUGCAUCAAGUUCAUAACUGACACACAAAAUGAAAUGAAGGCGAACAGCUCAUUUGUACCCGCUUUGCUUGCGAAAGUGAUGGAACAAUGUGACAAAUUGGGACCUGGUAUGAAAGAGAUGUGCAAGAACUAUGUCACUAAAUACGGUAGUCUUGUUCUUCAGAUGUUCAGUACAAUGGAUCCUACACAGCUCUGUUCGCAAUCUGGCUUCUGUAGUGCUGUGAAAAAGUCCACUCCUUUGUUGAAUUUGCAACCCGCCAAAGUUUUACCCGCUGUCAAAACCAUGCCUGCUCUCAAUCUUGUACCUGCAACAAAGGUGGAUUCUGCCAAAUUGACCAAACCUCAGGUUCGAGUAAGGGAUUCCCCCAAAUGUGCGAUCUGUGAGUUUGUGAUGAAGGAGUUGGAAGAUAUGUUGCAAGAUCACAAAACAGAGGAGGAAGUGAUUGGAGCUGUGGAGAAAGUUUGCAGUUUUUUGCCCAAAACACUAACUGAUCAGUGCAAGGAUCUGAUCGAGACCUAUGGCCAGGCCAUCAUCGAGCUGCUAGUGCAAGAGGCUGAGCCAAAGACUAUUUGCACGUUUUUGUCUCUCUGCAACGGUGCCACACGUGCAUAUGUCCCGGCCAUUGAUGAGACUGCUUUCAAAAGUGGUGAGUUCUGCACGGUGUGCAAGAUGGCUGUCACCUACAUUGAUGGAAUCCUUGAAAAGAAUGCAACUGAAGAGCAGAUUGAAGAGGCAGUGAGAAAAGUUUGCAGUUUUUUGCCUGACUCCUUCCGGACGGAGUGUGACCAGCUGGUUCAACAGUAUGAGCCCAUGCUUGUACAGAUGCUCCUUCAAAUGCUUGACCCGGACUUUGUUUGCCUGCAAGUGGGUGCCUGUCCUGAGGCUUUGCGUAGACUGCUGGGAAGAGAGCAGUGUAUCCUGGGACCUUCAUUCUGGUGCAGAAACAUGGAGACAGCAACCCGAUGCAAUGCUGUGAAUCACUGCAAACGCCACGUUUGGGCAUAGAAGAGAGGACCAGCACCAUAAUGACACAUCUUGAGGAAUUAACCGCAUUGCUGCUUCUUCAUAUGUUUGUUCAUUAUUUUCUGUAAUAGACUAGUGACUGGUUGAAUUGAUAUGAUUUAAGGGAAGGGACUGGAUCCCCCACCCUCUCCUUUUGGGUAGGGAUCGGUGUUGAUUACAUGUAAAGACCUGCUUUCUGAAAACAGGCCAAUUUAUCACUGUAAGAUUUCUCAUUUUGACACAUUUGAUUUAUAUUCUUGUUCCUGCAAAAUCUUAUUAUGUAGUAACAAAAGUAGUUUCACAUGUGGCACAGUAUAAAGAGAAACGGGUCGUUAUUAUGGCUUUUUCUCCUUGCAGGAGUAAAAAGAUGUGUGAAAAAUGAUUGUUGACUUUAGCAGCAUGUUGAUUCUAAAUCAAAUGUUUUUUUUUUUCCAGUCAUGUUUUAUUGUGUAUUUUAGGAAAAAUGAGGCAAUGACAUGGCUUUGAGUGUUUCUUCCAUUGUUUGCACUUUCACAGCUGUUUAACUGGUAGUUUUACACCAAGCGUAGUGUGUUCCGCUUCAUACGUUGAGCCCGCUGUAAGUUGAUUUGAAAAUUUUAACUAUUAAAAUCAUCCAAAUUCCUGGAAGAUAA